AUGUCGAGGCCCAACACGUAUGGAACUCUUUGUGAAAUCAAAGCGGCGGCAGAAUUAUUUACAUAUGAGUUUCAAGUGUACCAACAUGGUCAUCUAAUAGUUGCGUUUGGAGAAGCAACAAAUGGAAUUAAAAGAUUAAGGUUUACUGGGAAUUUUAAUAAAGGUCACUUUGACGUUUUACUUCCAUUGACUGAACCCAUCAAUAACGGUGUUUCUCAAUCGGAAAGUAUUGAUAACGUUCAAGCAUCUUUCACUCAACCAUCACUUUCAUCAAGGAGAGGACAAAAACGGCGAAAAAGAUUUUCAGGUACAAUUAGGUCUAAACAACUUAGAAAAGCUGCUUCAAAAUAUGCGGUAAAUCAUAAAGAAGUUCAGAGAAAGGCUGUUAAAAAAUACAAAAAAAAUCAUCCUGAGAUCCAAAAAAAAGCAGUUCAAACGUAUGUUAAUAAUCAUCCUGAAGUUAUUAAUAAAGCUCAAAAAGAUUAUCAGACUAGAAAUCCGCAUGUUAAUAAAGCAGCUACAGCUAAAUACCAUGAAAAAACAACAAGGACUAAAUUAUUGCCCUGGACUUCUAAGUGUUUAUCUGGUUUUAAAUACAAUUGUCAAAUUGAUUAUUCCAAUGACAAAAUUGUCAAUCUUGGUCCCCGUUCUCCUUGCCAAUGGUGUAAUGCUUUGAAAUGGAAAGAUGAGACUCAAGGAAUGUGCUGCAGUAGUGGUAAAGUUCAACUUUCUAAGCUUGGCCUCCAUCCUGAACCUUUACACAGCUUAUUGACUCAUCAGGAUCCAUUGUCAGAACAUUUUCUAAAAAAUACCCGUAAGUAUAAUGGAUGUUUCCAAAUGACAUCUUUUGGAGCCAAAGAGGUAAGAGAAGGAAAUUUUAUGCCAACUUUCAAAGUUCAAGGGCAGGUUUAUCACAGAAUAGGCAGCUUGAUGUCUGAACCUAACCAAAAGCCUUCUUUUCUUCAAAUAUACUUUGUUGGUGAUGAAUGUCAUGAAAGAGACAUCCGUUGUGGAAUUUAUCCUGGCGUUUAUCCGGAAUUAGUUCAUCAAUUGCAGAAGUUGUUAUAUCAGCAUAACAAAUAUCUUAAGGAUUUUAAGGCUGCAAUAGAUUCAAUUCCUAAAGAUCAAAAAGACUUCAAAGUAAUAAUUAAUGCUGACAGAAAACCGGCUGGAGAACAUAAGGGCCGUUUUAAUGCUCCUCAGGCAAAAGAAGUUGCAGUUCUCAUUGUCGGACAGGAUUUCGAAAAAAGAGACAUUGUUCUUCACAGUAGAGACAAUAAGUUGAUGCGAAUUAGUGAAACACACCGCUCAUAUGAUGCUUUACAAUAUCCUUUGAUGUUCUGUUAUGGAGAAGAUGGCUAUCACAUCAAUAUAUCUAAGCGUGACGAGACGACUAAACUGCCUCUCGAUAAGACAGUAUCUGCUUCAGAAUUUUACAGCUUUAGGAUUAUGGAGCGUGAGAAUGAAGUGUGCUAUUUAUUGCGAUUCCGCAAUCUUUUAAAUCAAUUUUUAGUUGACAUGUACGCAAAAAUUGAGACUGAAAGACUUAACUAUAUUCGUAACAACCAAAAAAAACUGAGAAGUGAGGAAUACGUUCACUUGAAAGAUGCUUUGUCAAAAAAUGAUGAACAAUUAUCAACAAUGGGAAAAAUGGUUGUGUUGCCUUCUUCUUUUACUGGAGGACCCCGUUACAUGCAUGAGCGAACUCAAGAUGCAAUGACCUAUGUACGUCAUUAUGGACGGCCAGAUUUAUUUAUAACAUUCACCUGCAAUCCUAAGUGGCCGGAAAUAACGCAGCUUUUGAGUGAAGGUCAACAGUCUUAUGAUAGACAUGACAUCGUAGCGAGGGUUUUCAAUGUGAAAGUGAAACAUAUGAUAAAACUUCUUACAGUAGGUCGUAUCUUUGGUGACACUAGGUGUCACAUGUACACCAUAGAAUGGCAAAAACGUGGACUCCCUCAUGUUCAUAUUCUAUUAUGGUUAGAAGAGAAAAUGAGACCAGAGUCUAUUGACCAAAUUAUCUGCGCUGAGUUACCUGAUCCAGACAUAAAUCCAGAUCUUUAUCAAAUUAUCAAGACAACCAUGGUUCACGGUCCAUGUGGAUCUUUCAACUUAAAAUCACCCUGUAUGGUUGAUGGUAAGUGCACAAAAGGCGACCCAAAGGAAUUUUUAAAAGAAACUCAAACAGGAGAUGACGGAUAUCCCAAGUAUCGUAGACGAUCACCAGCAGACGGAGGAAAAACUUUCAAACUUAACGGAGUUGAAAUCGACAACCGAUGGAUAGUGCCGUACAAUCCCGUUCUAUCCCAUACCUUCGGGACUCAUGUUAAUGUUGAGAGUUGUAACUCCGUAAAAGCCAUAAAAUACAUCUGUAAUUAUUUAAAUAAAGGAUCUGACCAAGCAUCGUUUACCGUUCAGGAUUUUGAUGAGGUGACGAAGUACCAGGCGGGACGUUACAUCAGUAGCUCUGAAGCAGUCUGGCGAAUAUUUCGUUUUCCUAUUCAUGACAGGUUUCCUUCGGUGAUGCAUCUUGCUGUACAUCUUGAAAAUGGUCAAAGAAUUUAUUUUACUGAGCAAGAUGUGAUUGACAAAAAGAAAAAAGAUAAGGUUGUUUCAGGUUAUUUAGGAGUCAAGAGAGAUCAAGUUUUAGGUAGAGUUUAUACCGUGCAUCCCGGAAAUACUGAAUGUUAUCACCUGCGUCUUCUCCUACAUGAGAUUCGAGGUCCUACAUCAUUUUCUGCUUUGAAAACUGUUGAUGGAGUGAUUCAUCCAACAUUUCAAGCAGCAUGUAGAGCACUUGGUCUUCUAGAAGAUGACGCUAAUUGGUAUCGCACUCUGGAUGAAGCUUGCAUCUCUGAUUCGCCCUACAAGAUCCGUGAGCUGUUUGCCAUUAUGUUAGUUUUUUGUCAUGUUGACGACCCAUCGAAAUUAUGGGAGAAAUAUCGAGAUUAUUUUUCAGAAGAUAUUAUUAGAGAGGUAGAACGAGACGGUGGAAAUGUUGAGCUGUUACUUGACGUUAUUUACAACAAAUGUCUCAUACUACUUGAAGAUAUUGUUAUAUCAAUGUCUGGAAAAACACUUCUUCAGUUCGGCCUCCACUCUCCAACCCGAGAUGAAAGGUUUAUUGUCACUAAUCGUCAAUAUUUGCGUGAAUUGGCUUACGACACCGUCUAUUUAACUAAAGUUGUAGCUGAAAAUGUUCCUAAAUUAAAUCUAGAACAGAGAAAAGUUUACAAUGAAAUUUUAAAUUCGAUUAUAUCUGAUUCUGGGCAGUUGUAUUUUCUUGAUGCUCCAGGUGGUACUGGAAAAACGUUUUUAAUCAAUUUACUGCUUGCGAAAAUCAGGAGUGAAAAAAACAUCGCUAUAGCCGUUGCUUCUUCAGGAAUUGCUGCGACUUUGAUAGACGGAGGUAAAACAGCUCACUCUGCCUUUAAAUUACCUCUCAAUUUAGGUUAUUCUGAGUCUCCACUUUGUAACAUCUCUAAACAGAGUGAUAUGGCUCAUGUGCUGCGAGAAACAAAAAUUAUUAUCUGGGACGAAUGCACUAUGGCUCACAAAAAUGGUAUUGAAGCUCUAAACAGAUUGCUCAAAGAUAUUAGAGGUUGCGACCGAAUUAUGGGAGGAGUAAUUGUUCUCUUGGCCGGUGAUUUUAGACAAACUUUGCCUGUUGUGCCACGAGGAACACGUGCAGAUGAAGUUAAAGCCUGUAUUAAGUCAUCAAUUUUAUGGCCUUCGGUCAAAGUUUUAUCUUUGACUAUCAAUAUGCGUGUUCAUCUUCAGCCAAAUUCGAAAGCAGAAGAGUUUUCAAAAAUACUGAUUGAUAUAGGUGAUGGCCAAAUUCCGGAAGAAGACGGAAGAAUAAACGUGUCCUAUAUUAAUUGUGAAACUGUCCCAGAUUUAAUCACCUUGACUGACAAAAUAUACCCGAAUAUUGACAAAGCUGGCGAUAAUUGUAGUUCAUGGUUAAAGGAGAGAGCCAUCCUCACACCAACCAAUGAACAAGUCAAUUGUAUUAACAACUUUUUGCUGGAGAAACUGCCAACUGAGCAAGUAAGAUAUGAAUCGGUGGACAAAGUACUGGAGGAUGAAGAAGCUGUCCACUAUCCUGUUGAAUUCUUACACACACUCAAUCCACCAGGGAUACCACCUCAUGUUCUUCAACUCAAGAUUGGCACUCCAAUAAUGUUGCUCCGCAAUUUAAAUCCGCCAAAAUUAUGUAAUGGUACCAGGCUUCAAGUCAAGGUCUUACACAAAAAUGUCAUUGAAGCCAUGAUUUUCACCGGAAAAUAUGAAGGAGAAACUGUAUUCAUUCCAAGGAUCCCUCUGAUUCCAUCAGAUUACCACUUCGAAUUUAAACGUCUGCAAUUUCCUGUCAAAGUUUGUUAUGCCAUGACGAUUAACAAGGCACAAGGGCAGAGUUUAAAGAUGACUGGUAUUGAUUUAAGAAAUGACUGUUUCUCUCAUGGCCAACUAUACGUGGCAUGCUCAAGACUCAAAGUAAGUUCAAUACCGCGUCCAAUUCUUACCAAUAUACCACCUGACUUACAACAGGUACUACUACCACUUCGGUGUGCUUUAACGUUGUCCAGCGGUGGUAGAUUCCUCGUGGCUGCAGCUGGGCCGGUUACUGAUUCAGGAACAGACGAUUGA